CAGAGAGCAUGAGAGUUUUAGUGGUCACAACUCAGAAGAAAAAUCAUAAAUGAUAAAAGAAAUGGUACUAGUAGUAAAAUAUACAGCAACCGAUUCUAUCUGGAUCAGCUUCAGUUUGCCUUCGCUUUGGUCCGAGUGUAGCAAUUACACUUAAAUUCAGAUCUAUAAUCUCUCUUACAAAUCUCUCUUACAAAUCUCCCUUUCUCUCUCACCAACCCAACAUAAAUUUUCUUUUUUUUUCUUUCCUCAUGGAUUCCGUCUCUCUUUCCCACAAUGAAACAGUCACCAAACCUCAACCUCCUUCACUUGUUUCACUGAAAAACCAUUGCCACUCAAACUAAAGGCUUUAAAUUUAUAUUCAGACAGUGGAAACUGAAAAUGGGUUGCUUUAGAAUUGCUUCAGUUGUGUUCCUACUGGUUGUAAUAAGCAUGAGAAGUUGAUUUUCUUUUUUUCCUGUCCAGAAAAGCUUUUUGUUUUUGUUUAGAAGGAGAUAAAGAGUUAGGACAUAUAUUUAAAAGGCAAAACAAUGAUAUCAGCCGGGAUAAAUUUGGUGAUGACAGUGAUAGGAUUCACAGUGAGUACUAUGUUCAUAGUGUUCGUUUGUACACGUCUGGUUUGCGCUCGGAUUCAGCUCAAUGCUUCUCGGAGAUCCUUCCCUGUUGCUUCAAGAUCUGAUCUUAGCAUACUUGAACGGGGUUUUCAUGGUCUUGAGCCUGUUGUUGUUGCCAACUUUCCGACAAAGAAGUACAGUGACGAGUGCUUCUUAGCUACAGAAGAUGCUCAGUGCACAGUUUGCCUUUCCGAAUACCACAGUGAAGAUGUCUUGCGAAUCCUCCCCUAUUGUGGGCACUCCUUCCAUAUAACAUGCAUAGAUAUAUGGCUACAACAGCAUUCUACAUGUCCUGUUUGCCGAAUGUCACUGCGGGAAUUUCCCGAAAAGAAGCGCUUGAUGCAACCCUUGUUCAGUUCAGCCAUUCGAUCUCAUUUUGGCAUGGAGUCCUUCAAUACACAUUCUUGCAACUGUUUGUUGAGAGGGCAUGGGUUUCCGUCAAGAGCCCAUGACAACGGUGGGAUGGGCCCGAUUCAAGAAAAUUCUUUUGCGUCUGGGGGCAAUGGAGCUGAAGUGGGGGAGAACAUGUCCCAAAUAGCUGAAGGUGAUCAAGCCAUUAAAGACUCAAGAAGCAAGCGUGUAGAAAGCCCAUCAAAUCCUUGAAUAAUCAUGGUUGUUAAGAAUCUGAGUUGAGUCGAAUCAGUUUGUUGAUGUAUCUAACAAAAGUUGGAAACUAUGAUUCCACUAGAGCUCCUGCUUUUUUUGGUUUACUGUAAAUAUAUCAAAAGUCAAAUUUCGUCGUAUCCUUUUUCCUUUCUUCAGCAGUAGCUGGUUUCUAGCAGUUUUGUUAGCUCGGUUGUAAAACUAGCGCUAGUUUAAAUUGGUGAAUGAGGUGGUAGCUCUCUCUUGUCCUAUUCUGUAUUCAGUUCAUGAAUUAUUCAUUUGGAUUCUCCAUACCUGCCGCUGGUGGGUGGGUCUCACA